CAGGCACACAGACUAAUGUUUGUUUCUUUGCAGAAGUGGGGCGGCUGGGCCGCUCCUCCUCUUCUGCCGGAGUGAGACAGGUGGGUGGAGGAGACGUCCAGAGACAGAGCAGCCUACCAGCUCGAGAAGCCCUGAAUCAGCUCCACGGUCUGGCCCAGCCUCAAGUGCCCUGCAGUCCGGGCGUGUCUCGGCAGCAGCAGCAGCUCCAGCUCCACCAGCAGCAGCUGCAGUUGAAGCAGAAGCUCCAGCAGCUCCAGCAGCAGCACCACCUUCAGCUGCAGUUCCAGCAGCUCGCCCAGCUGGCUCAGGGACACCCUCCUGUGGGCGGGGGCUCCUCCACCUCCGCCUCGCAGAGCCAGAGAGACGGCAAGCUGCUGGAAGUCAUUGAGCGUAAACGCUGCCUGUGCAAAGAGAUCAAGGCCCACAGGCGCCCUGACAAAAGCCUGUGCAAGCAGGACAGCAUGCCCAUCCUCCCUAGCUGGAGACGGACACCUGAGCCCCGUAAGACUGGCACGCCGCCCUGCCAGAGGCCGCAGGCCGUAGUUUGGGACACGGCAAUCUGAGGGGGAUAGACAGGGCUGCUAGUACAGCUCUGAAGAGACUCAACACACACAUGAGGUGAAGAUGAGGAGCAGUUAAUAAGAACGGAGAGUCAAAUGGGUUUAGGAUCAAGAUAAUUCUUGCUUUUAUUGUGAGAUAAACUGAACGUAGAUUACUGGAAACUAUGAACUCAUUUGGGGGGGGGGGAAGGCUGAUCAAAGAGGGGAGGAAAUGAAGUAUUACAAUCAGACUAAAUUCAUCUCUUACCCGGUGAUUUGUACUUGCUCUGUGUCCUUGAUGUGUUCUAAUUGCCAAUGCUUUGUUGCCACAAAACGCCAGUGUUUUUGCCACAAAAUGAAGACGCCAAUUCAAUAAUGGUUGGGAUGUUUUCUUAGAUUGGUGUUGCCAAAUUUCCUGCUGACUACUUGAGACAUAAAUGAAUAAUAUAUUUUAUCCAACACACAGUUGUCCAAACUUGCAUAGAAACUGCUCUGUGGGCGAGAAAAGGCAAGACUCAUUGACAAGUGGUUGAAGUGUUUCUUGAAGUCGUGAAUGCAUUUGAGAUGUAUUGGUAUCAAUAGAUUGUCAUUGUGGAUGCAAAUAAUCAUCACGAGGAGUAAAAGCUACCUACUGUAUCUGUUUGCAUAUUUGUAAUGUAAAUCUAUUUACUUUCUCAACGUUUCUGCAAUUUUAUAGCAAUAUGCUCCAGAUGCCGGAGCAACAUAAUUAAAAACUUGUCAACUAGCCUAACAUACAUAUCUAAAGACUUGAAAAGUCAUAUUUACUGUGUCAUUCUCUGCAUGUCACGAUAGACAUAUAGUAUUGUAAAAGACUAUGUGUAGAGAUGAUCAUGUCAGACCUUUACAUACAGCGGAUCUUCACUAUGAUAACAUGUGGUUGUAUAAAAAGAUUAAUAUAUAUCGCCCGGGGUCGUUAGAGAGGGCGGUGCGACAGAUGGCACAUACUGUGCAGUCCAGCCAAAUAUAGAUACAGAUCAAUGAUACAAAAAAACGUCAUCACUCAUGCUUAUCCACAGUUGCACAUUAGUGAUUGUUCCACCACACAGCACUGACACCCAUUUACACUGACUGUACGAUACGGUGCAACUGAUAAGACUGUGACUAUUGAUCAACAGAAUGCUGGAACAAUCUGCACAAAACAUGGUAUACGCUUAGGAGAAAUUAAACCCUAAUGUAAUGUAAAUAGAUAUGUACAACUGUAUUGAAAAUGUAGCAAUUAUUUCCAUUUUCAUACUUGUAAUCAAUACAUAUUAUGUAGCAUAUACUGUAUAAACAUAACUUUGUUCACUUGUUUUUUUCUAAAAGAAUUAAGUACUUUAUCUGCUGCAGCCAGUCCAUGCAUUACCUAUAGUUCUACUACUAAUAAACAGUAAGCCCUCUAAAGAAAGGCACAGUCCAACAGUUGUUUAUUUAAAUGUAUGCAAGACUCCCUUUAAGAUGUGUUUUAUUUACACCCGUUUUUUCUACAUCCACUUUCAUUUGUGUACAGAUUUCAACGGCUCGAUGUCUUGACAUUUUGAAUACUUUGCUGCUAUCUUGAACUACUGGUGUUCAUUCAACAGAAACAUUAUUUAUAUCGUGCUUAUUGUUACAUAUUUGUUUUUAUUUCUGAAAGCCACGUGAACUGAAGUUUGUACCUUGAAGAGUGAGCCCUUCUGUAAUAGUAUUAAGGCACUUGAAUGUCUCUUGGUUGUCGUCGUUUUUAUGAUAGUUAGCACCAAGCUGUACAGUUACAGUGCACCCCGUGAAAAGAAGACCUAUCUAAAUGUUUGAGAGUCACUGCUUGGCCUUUUUGUUUUAUUUCCCACCUGCUCGUGUUUGAGGGUCCAGGUUUUUCAAGCUUUUACUGAGUCCAUUUUUCAAACAAACACAAGUGAGGUUGAAGGAAAUGGGCAAGUGCAAUGCAUGCAGAGAUUCCUUACACUGAAAAUGUCCCAAUGACACUGACUAUAUGUGCCCAAUUUAAUUCCAGAUACCAAGUAAAUCACCUUCUCACAGACUGACAUGGAACCCUAGGUAUCAUUUCCAAAAAUAGUUUACAGAAACUGUUGGUUUUGUGUGUCUUCUAAAACAGUGGCCAUUAUACGAGUGCCAUACUAUAUAUGGUAAGAUACGGUGUACCUUGGAAAUCACUGUAGUGCUAUAUUUGCAUUGAUAUUGUCAUUAAAAAUAAAUUUUAUAUAAUGAAC